GGUGUUGUCAAUGGAUGUUCAUCGAGUUAUAAAGCCAUAAACUCAGCCAUCGCAAAAACGUCGAAUCUGAGGAACGUUACCAUAGUUGUAAGAAGGUUCACCAUUUCAAAAGAUACAAACUUAGUUGACCAAGGUAAUGUACGAAAUAAGCUAUACGCAUAAAAUGCAAAUCAGUUAAUACGAACGUUCCUUGGCACCAAAUUUUUUUGUUUAUUUUCCUUUUUGUAUUCAAAGCAAUGUAUGUUAUGUCCCUGUCAUGAUCUGUAAGAGUGCAAUGCACACAAUAGACGUCACAGAAACUUAGAGGCUAUGUCGCCUUUGUUUUGUCCAACAUGGCGCGUGGCCAUUGAAAGUGUUUUCAAGAUUAUUUUGGAAAAUGUCGUUUUGAUAUGCAGAUAGCCCCCGAGACAAAGAAACUGGUAAGGGUAUCGUCCUAUCACCCCAUCUCCUUCCGCUGUUCGUACUAACAUUAUCAUAUUUAUUGUCAUUUUUAUUGUCAUUGUCAUAUUUAUUGAUGAUAAGCCUAAAUUUUGGAUCGCGGUAUCUUUCAGCUGCGAUAUUACUUCAACAAAACGUAGUUGCACUCAUCGAAGGAAGCGAAACAAAGAAUUCCGCAUGCGCACUAUCAACAGUGACCGGGAUUCCUCUUAUCUAUCUCCAUGGAGACAAAAAUUGCAAAAAGACGGUACAGAUGUUGGUUGGACACAAAGCCUAUGCGCGUGCUUCACUUGACAUAAUCAGUAGAUUCAACUGGGAAAAGGUCACAUUACUGUUCGAAGGUAAAAUGUUCAAAACGUGAUCUUUGAGUUUUUUUUUUUUUUUGUAGUAUUGCGUGAAGAUUUGAGAUGAAAUGAUAGUGAAGUCAUUGCUAAUUUUUUGUUUUUAUAGAGAAUCGUUUACAAGAGGCUGCUUAUUUCUACUCCAUAUCUCAAAGUUCAAGCCUCUCUGUAAGGUACGUUGAGAUAUCCGAUGGACAAGACGCUUAUGAUGGAACGAAAGUAAUAUCGAGUAUUACAGAGCAGAUAAAGGGUAUUGAUCCACAAGUGUUACUUCUUUACACUAACAAAGACAAAAUGGAAAACACACUACAACAGGUAUUCAAAUUUUAACCUUUUUUUAUUGGGCCUCAAAUGCUGUUUUUGAGAAAUGAUUUUUUGUUUGUUUGUUUGUUUGUUUUUUCUAACUCGGAUGACAAACACAAUUUAACUAUAGAUACUAACUAAUAGAUCAUCCUUAUUGUCAUAAUCGAUAUUAUAAUCAUUAUAAAAUGAAACUGAGUUUAAUAAACCAUAAAUCUUCUCAUUAUUUUAGCUAUCUUUUCAUAUAUUCACUUUAUUAUCUCCCUUAUAAUUCUCUAAGUAUUCCGGCCAUUCUUUUGUACGUUAUGAAUGUAAGCUCGUUGUCAGUGCUUCGCUAAAUUUUUCGUUCUGUACUGGCAGAUCGAAUCAUUGUUCGAAAAGCAUGAUCAUAUAUGGAUACUUCAGGGAGAGGUAUGUAAAAUGAAUUUAGCUUCUAUUUGGAAGAUGAAUUAAUCCCCAGACUUGUAAAAUUAAAGAGAGGCAAAUGAUUUAAAUUUGAUUUAUGUCAGGAAACCAGAACUGAGUAACUAUGUUUUAAGACGUGCGCAAUAGAGGGCAGCAUGUAGAUUAUUUCUGCCAGGCUGUCAGACAGUAACGUGAUAAAAUUUCAGCUAUAUGUAUGACUUUUAAUUUCACUAUUUCACUAUUUUUGGCUUAAAAUAGAAUUCAUGCUGCCCUAUAAAUGGCUCGACACCAAUGACGUAUGACGUCAUACUUCACUGAGCCGCUACAACCUAAAUGGUUCUGAAGAAGAAAUUAUCAUUGAUUUACAAAAAAGUUAGUAAACUCACAUUCUAAGGGUGAAGUUGAACCCAAAGCAAGCUGAUAACGUAUUUUGGUUUGGUGUCUAUGGAAUAUUACAGCAGAUAUGUUAUUGCCUAAACACUCCCUUCCAUGUUACUAAAAAAAAUGUUUCGACAUCAAAUUCAAUUGUGACAUAUUUUGUGUUUUGUGCCACAGGUUCCGUUAAACUUGAGCUGUCUACCAAAUAGUGUGAUUGUAUCUACGAGGCUCCCUUGCAAAUUCGACAACGUCACAGCGUCAAACUCAGAAAAUAACUAUACUUUUAUCAAUAAAGUAAGUUGCUUGAAUUGCAUAACUUCCCAGAGUGAGCUUAAUUAAGCAAAGACGUUUUUGAGCGACGCACGUCAGCCUGAAGUGAUCUUUUUUUCAUUUUUGAACUGUGGUUUUUCUCAAAUGUUUGGACCAAUCGUCUCUAUAAUAGUAAAUAACUUAGAAAUACAAAGUUGGUAACGUCAAGGUACUUUAAAAUGAAAAAGACAUCACUUCCGCUCUUCACGUGCGUCGCUCAAAAACGCCUUUGGUUAAGUUCCCCAACAAUGCCGUGUAUACAUAUGAUUCCCUCUUGCUCUCUUUCAGAUGAUAUCAUGGGCUAUUUCCUUUUGCAUAAAACAUGAAAAACCUGCGUAAAAGUAUACAAAAUGUCAUAAAAACAAUAUUUAAACCAUUACUGAGUGAAAUAACAAGGAAAUUUUACGCAGUAUACAAAUACUGUUAAGUCAUCCAAAAAAAAUCCAAAAAAUUACGGAACGAAAUGCACUGGAAAUAUUACGAAAGGAAAAGACAGUUUAGAUAUUUCUUAGUAACUUUCGAAAAAGGAGGAAUUUCUUUUUUGAUAUCUGUCAUCUAGCUUUAUCUAACAAAAAUGGCCGUUGCAUUAUUCCCAGGAGACUGGCUACGCAUACGAUAGCGCUCUGGUACUCUCUCAAGCGGUGAGCCACGAACCUUGUUCCUCUAUGAAUGGUAUUAAUAUUGGCCAGAACGAAAGAAAUAAAAUGGCUAGUUGCUUGAAGAAGGUGCGUAUUGAGGGCAGAAUUUAAAAGUAUUUUUAUGAUUGGCUUUCCUUGUGGAAUGAAAGCAAACUAAGCUUAGUAAAUGCGCUAUCAAACUUUCCGUUCGUUGGUUUUGAAUAGCACCUUCUCAUUUCUAUCAGUUACUCACGAUCACGAAGAUAAACAAAAAAAGACACUUCCAGGAAGACGCUUAAGAUUUUUUAUACCCAGAACUAACAAAUCAUUCGAAAUUUAGCUUUGAAUUUCUUCAAGAAUCAUGGCUUAUUUGAGACGUUUUACGUCACUAUACGAACUGGAAGUCUGUCUUUGAAAACUUGUUUGCGACGCAUUGCUCAACCCACUUCCCACUUCUCGCUAUUUGGAUAUCGGAAAAAACCACUGCAUGAAGUGCUUUAAUCAAAACUGAUCGAACUUUCUGUAUGAAACCUCGCUCGUCCACUUUUGAAGCCGCUACAGCGAUCAACGAGAGUUAUUUGUCUUGAGUUCUUUAACAAGGGAGAUACUGACCUUAAUAUUGUUGACAUCGGCAUUAGAGGAGGUUUCCCUUCAUAGGAGAAUGAAAAAAAAAAAGUUAAAAAAAUUGAAACAGACAAAAAAAAAAAAAAACUCAGAAACCUUACACGAAGGCAUGGGAGAGUUAACUUUCUUGCUCAGAAUUGACUAGAACCAAGCAAGAAUAAUUCCGUCUUUGCUUUAGAGGACUAUUUUUUCUACUGUGUUUUUAUCUCAUUUUCCAACAGGUUCAUUUGGAAGGUGUUACAGGAAACGUCCAAUUCGAUAAGGAUGGGAAACGAAAUGGAUUUGAAAUGGAAGUUCUAAACCUGAGAAAUGAUUCGUUUGAAAAGGUAUGUCCCUAAAAAUGCCAGAAAGCGUCUUGUUCCAAACUAAUGAAUCUAUUUUCGAAUGAUAUAUAAUGUUAUAAUGGUGAAAUUGUAAGUAUCAAAUGUACGACCAGUACAGUACAGUACUAAUUCAUUCUCACAACUGCCAUCAUUAGCCAACUUAGGGUCACCAUUAAAGAUAAAAAUAAAAAUAACAAUGUCUACUUACACAGCCAUGUUAAUGCUUUCUUUUAUCUCUUUACUUUUGUAUUUGCUAAUGAUGCGUCUUACGCAUAUCUGGGUCAUAUCGCGUGAGAAAUUUACUUCAGCCAAUCAGAAGCACUACCCAGAUCUGGGUAAUGACGCGUCAUCAGUAAGGAAUUUCUGCGCUUGUUCUAGGGGAAGCCAGUCGUGAAUUGUCCGCUGUUUUCUCAGGCGAAAAAUGUUGCGUUAGUGAAUUUUUGUUGUCGUUUUCAUCAACAUCGCAGGUUUGUUUUUCUUGUCCGUAGAUAGGUACGUGGAGUCAGUUAACUAGACCAGGAGUGGUUCUGUUUGAUAAGAUUCUGCAGAACAAACAAAGCUUAUCGACACCCAGAGGAAUAGAAGGAAGAAAGUUUAAAGUUGUAGUUGCGGAGGUAGAGUAAGAAAUGAAAGGGGAUAAAUUCGGGAACUACAGCUUAUGUUUUUGCCUUCACAGGGACACAGUCAGCUGAUGCACAUGCGCACUACAUACCUUUUCUUAGCUGAUUUGCUUAUCACAAGGCACGCGCGUCAAACAGAAAGACAGAGCAGCACAUCCCAAAUAUCUAAACAAACCUUGUGGAUUUGAUCUAAUUGCAAGUCAAAAUCGUGAUUAUAGACCCAAAGUCAUAUCAGAGCACUCAUUUUUUUUGUAUCCCAUUGAGAAUUCACCGAUGGACUUCUCCAGAGAAAGCCAAACAUCGACGAAUAAUUCCGAAUUUGAAGAAUCAGUAGAGGUGAGAAAUGACACGAAGUCUUAUUCAAGGCCGAGACAGCUUGAUUUUUUCUAAAUAUAUGUAACCUUUCUCCAUCAAGUUUCCAACUAUUUAUAACGAUGAUUUUCUCUGCAGUGUUGUCGAUUCGUUUCUCUUGUUAUUUUGGAACGAAGGCGAUUUCUCCCGUCCGGAGCCUACACCUCCUCUUUUCAUGUUCCUUUGGAUACUGUGUUUAACAAAAUAUGAUAAAAUAAUGUUUUGGGAUGAGUAAAAGUUUGCUCAGAGAGAGGUUUUCAGAAAAAAAAAAUCGGGAUCGAAUGAUGUGAUUUCGGGUUGAGAUAAACGCUUUUCAAACGGGAAAAAGUAGUGUCCAGGUCAGCGCGGCACCAUAGCUGACUGUGUCCCUUUUAACCUAAGCUUAUGCGUUUCGUAGGCAUUAUGGGAAUAAUAAAAGCCAGAUGCUCAGGCUACUUAUUCCCAAUGGUCACCAUGACUGCGAGAUAGGUGCAAGGUGCAUAACGUACCUUGUUUGCCCUAAAAACAAAAAGCUUUGCAUAACCUUUGUUUUUUUAUUUCUCUUGGGUAGUCAAAGUGGUCCCAAGAGAAAUUGUAAACAAUGCUAAUGCAAACAAAUGUCUCCUGAAAAACAUUAUAUCAAACGUUACAAGCAAAAGUAAUGAACUUUAAGAAACCUUUGGGUUAACAAUUUUUUCAAAAACCGAAAUCCGUUUCAAUCUCAUUUAAUUCCUGGGUUGACAAUUCUUUUCCGUUUUUUUUUUUCUCUUUUUUUCUCUUUAAUUUUGUGGCCGUUUCCCAAUGGCUAUAACUGCUGAAAGUUUACUAAAUGACUGUCUUUUUCUCUUUAUUAACCAUAAGGCAGCACCGUACGUCAUGCGAACAGUUAGUGAUGAUGGCACUGAGUCAUUUAAAGGUUACUGUAUGGAUCUGUUAGAUGAAUUGGCAAGAAUACUCAAGUUUAGCUAUGAGAUCUAUACAUCCCCGGAUGGACUGUACGGCGCUGAAACGGAAAACGGAUCUUGGAAUGGGAUGAUUGGCGAGUUGAUCAGAAAGGUUUGUGAGCAGCUGCCUGAUUCGACUUCAUCAUGACAUCAUUGCUAUUGUUUAAUAUUAUUUAUGUUUUCCAUCCUCUUGAUUUUAUCAGACACCUUACUAUUUAAUUUUUAAGUAUUUCUCGUUUUAUGUCUAGUUUGAUGGAAAUUUGGUUUCUGCCAAUAAACUCAAUAAUAUGACGUCAUAUUCCGUCAUUGUGUCAAUCAAAUUAUGCCCAGAAUUUGGAAAUGAUGGGUACAUUAUUAUGGGCAAUUUUGGUGGUCGUAGCAUGUGAAAUUAUAUUGGGCGGGGAGGAGAUGGGGGCCUUGGAGGCCCUCCCGGUCAGAGGAAGCCAAAAAAAGCCGGGUCUGAAUAGGGUUAAUGAAAGCUGUGACUUUCGACAAUGAAUCUCGGCUGUUGUGAAUUUCGCCAAAAUUGUACGACACACUUAGGGUGGAUUUCCACUAUCGCGCAACUUUUACGUGCGUGUACAUGCACGUAAAUUUUUACUCACGUAAAUAGAAUGGAGGCAAUUCAAGACUUAAAGUGUGAGCUUAAACAUGAAGUUAAGAGAGGUUCAACUUUUACCUUUACGUACGACCUUUCAUACUUUGCCUCUAUUUUAUUUGCGAACGUAAAUUUUACCCACUCCGCACGCUAGAAUUACUCGACAGUGGAAAUCCAUCCUUAGGUGAUCGAUUGUCAUGAAGUUUGAUGAAAAAGCAAAGAAAUAAAGCAAAAACAAGUAAUUAUUUUUAAUAAACAAACAAACAAAAACGAACAUAAAUUUCGUUGUCAAGUCAAAUUCAGAGAGGUAUCAUCAUCUUUUGGGUAAAAUUUGUGUUUUGCCUUUUGCCUUGCUAUUCUUGCUGUUACUAAAAUGACAUUUAGCUAGUGCUAAUCUAGGAAACUUUAAAGUUGGAGUUAGUUGCAACUGGCCAUGAUCUUUUAAAUGAGCAAGGAUUUGCUCAGCCGGAAGUGCGCGCGGCCUUUAAUUCUGUGCAGGAGGUUUGGUAAAACGGAGCACUGAUGGAGAGAGGGGGUAAAUUGAGGGUACCCUCGGUCUCAGGUUUGUCAGUCUUAUGCGACCGUUAUACAUAUGCAUGAGUUACCGACGUAAAAUUUUCCUUUUGUUUAAAUUUAAAUUAAGGGCGGCGUAUCCAUUAUAAACUCCUGUGAGAUGUAAAUUAAAUUUAGCCGUGUUUUAUGACGUAUACACUACCAGUCAUUUUGUUUUUCUUUUCUUUUUUUCGUUCAAAGAAUGCGGAUAUGAUUAUAUCAGAUUUGACCGUCACAGAAAGUCGUGAGGAAGUUGUGGAUUUCAGCAUUCCAUUCAUGUUCUACACUGAAGAAAUGCUCGUAAAGAAGCAACAUUCAGAAGGAUCAAUUAGUCUUCUGCAAUUUAUGCAUCCGUUUCACGGCGAUGUUUGGACAGCUACUCUGUUCAGCUUGGUUGUCAUUUCCAUUGCAUUGUUUUUAAUCAACUACUACAGUCCUUGUGAACAUCUAGGGACUAACGAUAAACUGAGCUUGUGCGACAGUGUCUGGUUCACUUUGGCUUGUAUGCUCCGACAAGCCUCUCAAAAUACGCCAAGAAAUUUGUCAGGUACACACGUAGAACCACUUAAACAAGGAGCGAGCUAGUUUGGCUUAGACAUUGCUGAAACUUCCAAACCUACCAGUUUAUCUAUUAUCUAUUUAUUUAUUGAAUCAUCAUCAUCAUCAUCAUUAUUAUUAUUAUUAUUAUUAUUAUUAUUAUUAUUAUUAUUAUUAUUAUUAUCAAUUCUCUGACUUUGGUGUCGUGCUUUUUCCUCUUAUGGAGGCAAGUUGAGUCCAUGAACUUAGGGCAGUCAUCUCUCGUGAAUUACUCGAUUGAUAGUGACCUCCUGAGUAUGCCAGCAGUCCCAAGGAGGACAAUCUUCUGAAGCUCUGUUAUUAUCAUUAUUAUUAUUAUUAUUAUAAUUAUUAUUAUUACUAUUAUCAUUAUUAUUAUUACUAUUAUUUUUAAAAAAAUCACAAUUGGUCAUAACGCCCGGCCAACGUUCCAAUAUUCUCUCUCUUCCCCUUUAUUCUUUACUUGAUCAUUUCAACUGAUCAUGAACACCAUAAUGCUGCUGUUUUAUCAUCUAGGACGAAUUCUAACAGGAAGCUAUUGGUUCUGUGUCCUCAUCUUAGUCUCUUCAUACACCGCUAAUCUGGCAGCCUUUUUUACUGUAAAAAGUGCAGAAACUCCCAUAAAGAGCCUUGAAGACGUUGCUAAGUCUGCUUAUAAGGUGGGGGUAAUACAAUCGUCAAGUGUAUCAGAAACACUUAGGAAAAGCGAAUACGAAAUGCAUAAGGCGAUAUGGCAGAGAAUUGAGGAGUACAACACCGAAGUCCACAGUGUAAGUGAAGGUGUUGAGCUGACGAGAAACUUGGAGCAGUUUGUGUUUAUUCAAGAUGGGCCCGUUCUGAGAUACGCUGCAAACCAGCCACCAUGUGAUCUUACAAUAGGUAUUAACAAGAACUGA